AUGACUAGAAAAGCAUGUUUGAAUGUAGAAGUGAGGUUUGAAAAUUAUUUGACCACUCUCAAUUUAAUCCAGAUUCCUAUGAAGCGUUUGGACAUGAUUAUUGGUAUGGAUUGGUUGAUGGUAAAUAAUACCACCUUGGACUGUGCUAGGAAGACAGUUUUAUUAUCGGUACAUACUGCACUAGCUAAUAUUCCUAGUAAGUCUAAGUUUUUAUUAGUGGUGCAAGCAGAGAAACUGAUGCAACAAGGGUGUAUGGCUUAUAUGGUUUUCUUCUCAAUGCAUGGGGUCUACAAUGGAAGUAUUGAUAAGAUUGGGGUAGUGAAUGAAUUCUCUAAGGUAUUUAUGAAUGAUAUGUCUGGUUUGCCUCCGGAAAGGGAAGUAGAAUUCACGAUAAACCUAGUGCCAGGAACUGAAGCAAUCUCAAAGGUACCAUAUCGGAUGUCACCAACUGAGCUAGCUGAGUUGAAGAAGUAG